CUGCCCCAAGUCCUAGCGGGCAGCUCAAAGAAGUGAAACUUACACGUUGGUCUCCUGUUUCCUUACCAAGCUUUUACCAUGGUAACCCCUGGUCCCGUUCAGCCACCACCGCCCCACCCAGCACACCUCCAACCUCAGCCAGGCAAGGCUGUUGACACGAGAGAGCUCUCAGGGGCACAGAGAGAGUCUGGACACGUGUGGGAGUCAGCCGUGUAUCAUCAGAGGCGGCCGGGCACAUGGUAGGGAUGAGGGAAAGACCAAGAGUCCUCUGUUGGGCCCAAGUCCUAGACAGACAAAACCUAGACAAUCACGUGGCUGGCUGCAUGCCCUGUGGCUGUUGGGCUGGGCCCAGGAGGAGGGAGGGCGCUCUUUCCUGGAGAUGGCCCAGGGCACCGGGUGGACAGCCAUGGGGGAAAAACUUCCACGUUUUGAUGGAGGUUAUCUUUGAUAACUCCACAGUGACCUGGUUCUCCAAAGGAAAAGCAGGCAACAUGAGCUGUUUUUUUUUUUUCUCCAAGCUGAACACUAGGGGUCCUGGGCUUUUUGGGUCACCCGGUAUGGCAGACGGUCAACCUGGCAGGACAUCCGGGAGAGACAGACACAGGCAGAGGGCAGAAAGGUCAAGGGAGGUUCUCAGGCCAAGGCUAUUGGGGUUUGCUCAAUUGUUCCUGAACGCUCUUAAACACGUACACACACAGAGCAGCACGCACACACACACACACACACACACACACACACACACAUGCCUCAGCAAGUCCCAGAGAGGGAGGUGUCGAGGGGGCCCCGCUGGCUGUUUAGACGGACUCCCAGAGCCAGUGAGUGGGUGGGGCUGGAACAUGAGUUCAUCUAUUUCCUGCCUACAUCUGGUAUAAAAGGAGGUAGCGGCCCACGGAGGAGCACAGCUGUGUUUGGCUGCGGGGCCAAGAGCGCUGUCAAGAAGAGCCACACGCCCCCCUCCAGCAGCUGAAUUCCUGCCCCUCAGCAGCCGCCGCCAGCCAGAGCAGGACGAACUGCCAAUCGCAAGGCACCUCUGAGAACUUCAGGAUGCAGAUGUCUCCAGCCCUCGCCUGCCUAGUCCUGGGUCUGGCCCUCGUCUUUGGUGAAGGGUCUGCUGUGCACCAUCCCCCAUCCUACGUGGCCCACCUGGCCUCAGACUUCGGGGUGAGGGUGUUUCAGCAGGUGGCGCAGGCCUCCAAGGACCGCAACGUGGUUUUCUCACCCUAUGGGGUGGCCUCGGUGUUGGCCAUGCUCCAGCUGACAACAGGAGGAGAAACCCAGCAGCAGAUCCAAGCGGCCAUGGGAUUCAAGAUUGAUGACAAGGGCAUGGCCCCUGCCUUCCGGCACCUGUACAAGGAGCUCAUGGGACCAUGGAACAAGGAUGAGAUCAGCACCACAGACGCGAUCUUCGUCCAGCGGGAUCUGAAGCUGGUCCAGGGCUUCAUGCCCCACUUCUUCAGGCUGUUCCGGAGCACAGUCAAGCAAGUGGACUUUUCAGAGGUGGAGAGAGCCAGAUUCAUCAUCAAUGACUGGGUGAAGACACACACAAAAGGUAUGAUCAGCGACUUGCUUGGGAAAGGAGCCGUGGACCAGCUGACACGGCUGGUGCUGGUGAAUGCCCUCUACUUCAAUGGCCAGUGGAAGACUCCCUUCCCCGACUCCAGCACCCACCGCCGCCUCUUCCACAAAUCAGAUGGCAGCACUGUCUCUGUCCCCAUGAUAGCUCAGACCAACAAGUUCAACUACACUGAGUUCACCACGCCCGAUGGCCAUUACUACGACAUCCUGGAACUGCCCUACCAUGGGGACACCCUCAGCAUGUUCAUUGCUGCCCCUUAUGAAAAAGAGGUGCCUCUCUCUGCCCUCACCAACAUUCUGAGUGCCCAGCUCAUCAGCCACUGGAAAGGCAACAUGACCAGGCUGCCCCGCCUCCUGGUUCUGCCCAAAUUCUCCCUGGAGACUGAAGUCGACCUCAGGAAGCCCCUAGAGAACCUGGGAAUGACCGACAUGUUCAGACAGUUUCAGGCUGACUUCACGAGUCUUUCAGACCAAGAGCCUCUCCACGUCGCGCAGGCGCUGCAGAAAGUGAAGAUCGAGGUGAACGAGAGUGGCACGGUGGCCUCCUCAUCCACAGCUGUCAUAGUCUCAGCCCGCAUGGCCCCCGAGGAGAUCAUCAUGGACAGACCCUUCCUCUUUGUGGUCCGGCACAACCCCACAGGAACAGUCCUUUUCAUGGGCCAAGUGAUGGAACCCUGACCCUGGGGAAAGACGCCUUCAUCUGGGACAAAACUGGAGAUACAUCGGGAAAGAAGAAACUCCGAAGAAAAGAAUUUUAGUGUUAAUGACUCUUUCUGAAGGAAGAGAAGACAUUUGCCUUUUGUUAAAAGAUGGUAAACCAGAUCUGUCUCCAAGACCUCGGCCUCUCCUCGGAGGACCUUUAGGUCAAACUCCCUAGUCUCCACCUGAGACCCUGGGAGAGAAGUUUGAAGCACAACUCCCUUAAGGUCUCCAAACCAGACAGUGACGCCUGCGGGACCAUCUGGGACACCUGCUUCCACCCGUCUCUCUGCCCACUCGGGUCUGCAGCCCUGGUUCCCACUGAGGCCCUUUGCAGGACGGAACUACGGGGCUUACAGGAGCUUUUGUGUGCCUGGUAGAAACUAUUUCUGUUCCAGUCACAUUGCCAUCACUCUUGUACUGUCUGCCACCGCGGAGGAGGCUGGUGACAGGCCAAAGGCCAGUGGAAGAAACACCCUUUCAUCUCAAAGUCCAUUGUGGCACUGGCCACCCCUCCCCAGUACAGGGGUGCUGCAGGUGGCAGAGUGAAUGUCCCCCAUCACGUGGCCCAACUCUCCUGGCCUGGCCAUCUCCCUCCCCAGAAACAGUGUGCAUGGGUUAUUUUGGAGUGCAGGUGAAUUGUUUACUCAUUGAAGCAGAUUUCUGCUUCCUUUUAUUUUUAUAGGAAUAGAGGAAGAAAGGUCAGAUGCGUGCCCAGCUCUUCACCCCCCAAUCUCUUGGUGGGGAGGGGUGUACCUAAACAUUUAUCAUAUCCUUGCCCUUGUGUGCUUGUUAGAGAGAAAGAGGACUACUAAGGAAAAUAAUAUUAUUUAAACUCGC